AUGUCGAGUUUUAAGCAAACGCCAUUAACUUGCAGCGGACACACCAGACCCGUCGUACACUUGGAUUUCAGCGACAACACCGACUAUGGAUAUUUUUUAAUAUCUGCGUGCAAAGAUGGAAAACCCAUGUUGAGACAAGGAGAUACUGGUGAUUGGAUUGGUACGUUUGAAGGCCACAAAGGUGCCGUUUGGGGGGUAGCCUUGAACAAAGAAGCGACAGUAGCUGCAAGUGGUGCUGCAGAUUUUGAAGCUAAGAUUUGGGAUGCAAAAACUGGUGGUGAAGUACAAUCUUUUCAACAUAAACACAUUGUAAAAAGUGUAAAUUUCUCAAGAGACAGCGUUUUCCUUGCAACUGGCUCCAAUGAAAAAUUGCUCAGAAUAUUUGAUCUCAACAAAUCAGCUGAAGCUGUUACUACAUUCAAUGGACAUACAUCUGGUAUAAAACAUGUCAUGUUCUUUCAAAAUGAUAGGAGGUUAAUUUCGUGUGCUGAUGACAAGACAGUUAGAAUUUGGGAUCCCCUGUCUGGAAAAGAAAUUCACAAGAUGGAAUUCAGUGCUAUACCAACCAGUUUAGAAGUGUCCAGAGACGAAUCUAUUGUGACAAUUGCACAUGGAAAUUGUGUCAGUUUUUGGAACGCUGAGAGUUUGUCAAAAGUCAAUGAAGUCACUGUGCCAACACUCGUUAAUACUGCAUCGUUGCACAGAGACAAAACUAUGUUUGUGUGUGGGGGGGAAGAUCUUAAGAUGUAUAAAUUUGAUUAUAACACCGGAAAAGAAAUUGAAUCUUUCAAAGGUCAUUUUGGGCCAGUACACUGUGUCCGCUUCUCACCUGACGGUGAGCUAUAUGCUUCCGGCUCUGAAGACGGAACUUUGCGUUUGUGGCAGACAACCAUUGGAAAGACAUAUGGCCUAUGGAAGUGUGUUGACAAAGUUGGCUCACCUCAAGAUUUACACCAACAAGAAAUAACAGCCAUCUAA